CAACGCAACUACUAAGAACUCUCCUCAACCCAAAAGUCAUCGCUACUUUCCUCCUCCUCCUUUUCUUUACUUUUGCCAUUAACACAACACAUUCCACAACUUCACUCUCUAUUCAAUUCCAUUCAUUUUCCUCUUCCUCUUCAAAACAACCCUAAUUCUUCACAUUACUCAAUGGAAAACGAUACUGCUUCUACAACCUACCAAUCAAAGCUCAAAUCUCAAAUCUCAAAUCUCAAGCUCUUAAUCGAUUUUGAAGAGGAUAAUAGAGAUGACGUUGACGAUGGGAUGAGAACGUUUUAUCCAUGCCCAUUUUGCGAGGACGAUUUUGAUCUUCUAGAGCUAUGUUUCCAUAUUGAUUUGGAACAUCCAAUUGAUGCCACUUCUGGGCUUUGUCCAGUUUGUGGCAUGUGGGUAGGAACAGAUUUGGUUGACCACAUAACAGCUCAACAUGGAAACCUAUUUAAGAGUAAUCUCAAAUCAAAAUACCAUAAACAUGAUUUGUACCCGAAACUUUCCUUUUCAAGAAAGGGUGGACGGAAUGGACACUGGCAAUCUUCUUCAGACGGGUUGUCAGCACCUAGGAUAUCAACCUCCAAGGCGGUUUGCGAUCAAUUUCUAUCAUUUGUAUGUGGGUCACCUGCUUCUGGUGAAAAUGGACAUGUGCAGCCUGAUUCUUCAAGUGAAGCAAGCAUUGAAGAAAUACACUCGGAUGAUAUAUUGUUAGAAAGAGAUGUUCCACCACCUUUAUGUGAGAAAGACAAAGUGGAGAAAGCAAGGCGAAGUGAGUUUGUACAAGGGCUUUUGUUUUCUACUAUUCUUGAUCCUGACUUUUGACCCAUACAUUAUCGGUUUUUAUCAAUUUGAUGGAUGGAAAAAGGGAGGAAAAGAAGGGCUACGUCUUCUUGAGAUGAUAAAUAGUAUGUGUAUGAAUUAUACGUAUGCACUGGGAUGUAUCUAGUCAAUAGUAUAUAGAGCUAAGCUAUUCAAUAAAGAGAGAGAGCUAAGCUAUGUGUAGAAAUUAUAUUUAUUUAUUUUGUAAUGUAAAUUCAAGUCUAUGAAAUUGGUAUUUGAAUCUGCUGCAAACAUUGGUUUCACGCAGGCAAGAUUUUAUUAGCCGUUA